AUGGACCAACCCGGUAGGCGACCAGAGCCGCGUGAGACAACGCUUGGUUACGAGUUAGAUACUAUUACGUUGCGUGAUAUUGCUGCCGUGAGAUAUGUGCGUCACCACGAAUGGCUGGGUCACGUUUUGGGCUCGUCAGCCCCCGUCUCGCGCAUUGAGCCCCCGCGCUUGUUUCCAAACGUGACCGAGGAAGAUCUAAAAAAGAAUUUGAGUGAGCUCGAGAGUAAACUGAAAGCUGAACGUGAAGUCUGCGCAAAACUGCAGGAAAGCAAUGAGAAAGACGAAGUGCUGACUCGAGCAAUCGCUCACUUGCGCGAGGAUUACGGCAAGAAUGUCCCCGACGAGCAGGUUAAAGAGGUUGAAGCUUUCUUGGGUCGUAGUAUUAUUCCAUCUGAGCGUAUUAGAUCCGUUCCGAUCAGCUAUAGCCGUGCAGCAGAGGAAGCUAUGGCCCUGGAAGGAGACGACGAUCUUAUGCUCGAAUAA